UUGGAACUUUACAGGUACCUGUCCGGUGCGAUUGUGUUGCCAGCAAGUGACGCAGAUUUCGAGAACAUUAAGAAAAGCAUUAGAUAUGCUGCAGGAAAGCCGGCUGACUGUUCUCCCCAUUACAGAGCUCUGGCAAUACUGGUUUCGUCGCCGCCCAGUUCCACAGGCUCCCUAAAUGGCUAUGCAACUUUCCAGUCCACCGGGAAAGUGUCUGAGUACAUUUUCGUGGAGAAACCAGCUGCUAGGCGAGCACGCACUGGGAAGUUCGCCGUUGCUGGUUCGAUGGAAUGGAGAGUUCUCACCAAGCGCCAUGGUUGCUCGUUGGUGGAAUUCACUGUGGAUAAGUGUAAGUAG